AUGACGCAGCAAUACGCCGCCCAACAGUUACAAGGUUUUAAUAAUCGCAUAGAUACUGUUGCCAUUAUCGGAGCAGGCGGGCAAAUUGGUAGAUUCUUCACCAAACAUAUCCUCAAAACUGGAAAGCAUGUGGUCACAGCUAUUACACGGCCUGGCACCUCCCAUGCUUUCCCAGGCGGCGUAAAAGCAGCCGCUAUCGACUACAAUGACGAAGACUCUCUCGUCUCAGCUCUGACGGGACAAGAUUUCCUCAUUAUCACUCUGUCCCUCGCUGCACCCCCAGAUACGCACAGCAGGCUAGUUAAAGCGGCGGCGAAAGCUGGUGUCCCAUAUAUCAUGCCGAAUGCUUAUAGUAUCAAUUUCUACGACAACGAAAUCCUUCAACGGGACAUUCCAGUGGGCCAGACUGUCCUCGAGAGGAUCGCCGAGGUCAAGCAGCUAGGAAUCAACUGUAUUCCAGCCAUGGUCGGCUUUUGGUAUGAAUACAGCCUUGCAAUGGGCGAGGACACCUUUGGGUUCAAAUGGGCCAGUCGCCAGGUCACAUUUUACGACGAGGGCAAGAAGUCCAUUAACUGCUCUACAUGGGAUCAGUGUGGCCGCGCAGUGGCUGCUUUGCUCAGCUUAAAGAGACUGCCUGACGACGAAGACGAUAAGUCGGUAACUUUGUCUCGGUUCCAAGACCGACCACUGUUUGUGUCGAGCUUCACUGUCAGCCAGAAAGAUAUGCUAGAGAGUGUGAAAAGGGUGACAGGAGCUACCGAGGGAGAAUGGAAGGUGUCUUACCAGCCUAGUAAUACUCGGUAUAAGGAGGGCUUGGAAGAACUGUACCGGGGUAAGCAAACAGGUUUCUACAAAGCGAUGUAUGCCAGAGUGUUUUAUCCCAGCGGCGACGCGGACUUUGGACCAGACAACAUGCUUCUUGGACUACCGGAGGAGGACUUAGAUGAGGCGACCCGUAGAGCGAUUGAAAUUAGCGAAGAAUUUUGA